AUGCUUGUGCACCAGACGCUUCGGCGCGCGCUCCUCACAGCGCCACGCCACCUCUCGACGAAUGCCAAGAUGCCACCACCGCUCGGCGAGCGCAGCUCGUCCUCGAGCCUCGGCAGCAUCGGCCUCAUCGGCGGCCUCUUCAUGAGCGGGUACUUUAUGGGCACGUACAUUGGCGUGCUGCCGUCGUACGAAGCGCUCAAGCAGCAGCUGGGCUUGGCCGAGCCCACGUCGGCCGCGUACGACGGCAAGGUACGAGUGCGCAUGCCUCGACGUCGAGUCCAAGGUCUCUUUGACAUUGGCAUCAAUGGCAAGCCGUCCGGCACGAUCGUAUUCGGCCUCUACGACAAGGUGCAGCCCAAGACGGUCGCCAACUUUGUGGCGCUCUGCACCGGCGACCGCGCGGUAAACGGCACGGCCCUGACGUACCGCAACAGCCGUUUCCAUCGCAUCAUCCCCAACUUCAUGAUUCAAGGCGGCGACUUUACCAACGGCAACGGCACAGGUGGCCUCUCGAUCUACGGCGACCGCUUCGCGGACGAAGACCUCUCGGUGCCGCACGCGGGCGCGGGCACGCUUUCGAUGGCCAACGCUGGGCCCAACACGAAUGGGUCGCAGUUCUUUAUUUGCACGGCGCCGACGCCGUGGCUGGACGGCAAGCACACGGUCUUUGGCCGCGUGCUCGAAGGCAUGGACCUCGUCGAGAAGAUCGAAGCGCUCGGUACGCGCGGUGGGCAGCCCAAGGCCGAGGUCCGCAUCCUCAACUGCGGUCUUGUCGAGGCGGCGGCCGAAGCGACCGACGAGACUGUCGCAACGACGCCGACCGUGCCCGAGGACGUGGCGAUGACCGAGCGGCUCGAAGAUCUGCGCGAGAUCGAGGCCCAGCUCCGUGCCAACAAGGCGACGAUCGACGAAAGCAUGUAUACGAGCAUGCUCCACGACAUCACGGCCGAAAAAUUGCGUGUCAAGAAGGUCCUCAAGGAGCUCAAGCAGCGCAAGUAA